GUAAACGCUGCGUAUGAAUGUCUUGCUUUCACUGAGUUGGAAAGGAGUUUCGCUGAAUUGUGAGUGAUUUUUAAACACCUCACUUUAGACUUUAAUGCGUUGUGAGCAGAAAUAUAGAGGCGGUUGGUGUGUGGAAGACUUCCAGGAGGAAGGUGAACCAUAGCGUCAAUUGAAUUUGUUUCGGUGAAGCAGCAGGCAGCCCGGCUUUCCCUCGAAAUCAGGAAACCUGAAGUUACUCUUAUUAAAAGCACCUUUAGUGAGGAAACAAAUGGAUGAAGAACCCGAACGGACCAAACGGUGGGAAGGUGGCUAUGAAAGAACAUGGGAGGUGCUCAAAGAAGAUGAGUCUGGGUCACUUAAGGCGACAGUAGAGGACAUCCUGUUCAAGGACAAGAGGAAGAGAGUGUUUGAGAACUAUGGACAAGUACGACUGGGAAUGAUGCGCCACUUAUUUGUGGUGAUUGACACCUCCAGGACAAUGGAAGACCAAGACCUUAAGCCUAAUAGACUGACAUCAACUCUUAAGUUGAUGGAAUACUUUGUGGAUGAGUACUUUGACCAGAACCCCAUCAGUCAGAUAGGGAUCAUCAUCACCAAGAACAAGAGAGCAGAGAAACUUACAGACCUAGCUGGAAACCCUCAGAAGCACAUUAGUGCCCUCAAGAAAGCUGUGGACACAACUUGUGCCGGGGAGCCCUCGUUGUACAACUCUCUGAACCUGGCCAUGCACACACUCAAACACAUGCCUGGUCAUACCAGCCGGGAGGUCCUUGUGAUUUUCAGCAGCCUUACCACCUGUGAUCCUUCCAACAUCUAUGACUUAAUUAAGACUCUGAAGGGGCUGAAGAUUCGAGUGUCUGUGAUUGGGCUGUCAGCAGAGGUGCGAGUGUGUACCAUCCUGACACGAGAGACGGGCGGAACUUACCACGUCAUUCUGGACGAGACGCAUUUCCGUGAGCUGCUGACAUUCCAUGUUAAGCCUCCUCCCGCGAGCUCCUCUUCAGAGUGUUCCCUCAUUCGCAUGGGAUUCCCUCAACACGCCAUUGCCUCAGUGUCUGAUCAGGACUCUAAGCCUUCCUUUAGCAUGUCACACUUGGACAACAGUAGUGGUCCUGGUUUGACCCUCGGAGGAUACUACUGCCCGCAGUGUCGAGCCAAGUACACAGAGCUUCCAGUGGAGUGCAAAGUGUGCGGCCUCACGCUAGUUUCAGCUCCUCACUUGGCCAGGUCGUUCCAUCACCUCUUCCCCAUGGAUGCCUUUCAGGAGAUGCCACUGGAGGAGUUUGAAGGAGAGCGGUUUUGUGAAGCUUGUCAAGGGGAACUCAAAGACAAAAGUGUCUUCAUCUGCUCGGUGUGCAGCAGUGCAUUCUGUGUGGAGUGUGACCUCUUCAUCCAUGACACGCUGCACUGCUGUCCCUCAUGCAUACAUAGCCAAAGUACUUCCUGAGAGCUGGAAGAAAAACUUCUGUCCUUAAACAAGUUGGACUUUCAAGCCAGGCAUGUGACAUGGCUCAGAAAAGUGGUCCCAUCAACAUGGUUGACUGACUGAGGACAGGAAGAACUGAGAUACUGUACUCGUCAUGCUUUCUCAGCCAUCAGAGUAGCGCACUGCCUUUUUCCCUAUAAAUACCUCUUCAUUCAGUUUAUUUUUCAUCCAGAAUGACCAUUCCUUUUCUAUAUUUGUUUGUAUGGUCGUGUGCUCUCUUAGUAUGGCAAGAGGAGAGAUGUAGGAAAAGUGAAGCAGUGCUGAGUGAAACUGUCACCACUCUCGCAACUAUUUCACCUUGUUUAAAAAUACAUGCAAGAAGAAAGUCGUGCAGAAAGUCUCCCAUAAUUAAUUUUAUCAUAUUUAAAACAAAUUCAGAGUACAAUACAAAUGUACAAUUUCUAAAAUCCAGAAUUUGCAAAAAAAAAAAAAAAUCCUCACAACUACUUAAGUGUUCUUGACCCCAUGGUGCUAAGUUCCAAACCUGGAACUACAUUUGUAUAAUAAAUAGGUAGCCAUUAGUAACCAAUAGUAACCAUUUUGUAUGCCUGUUUUGUAAGGCACACACACAUGCACCUAUAAUUUUACACUAAUGCAUCUUAGUUUGCUUUUUAAAACUGUAUUAUACUUCCAUAGUACUGUAUUGAUAAUGUCCAGUGUUUAAGAAAUGUUCAUCAUGAAGUGGAGCACCUCUAGCCACCUUAUUCUGUUAAGAAUGAUGAGAUCAUAAAAAAGGCCAGAUCAAUUAACCCCUUGUGUUAUUGCUAAUGGAGACUGUCUUGGAAAAGUUGUAUUCUUUUAGGUAAUACGUGAGGGGCCACUGUGGUAACCUUUGUAUUUGAAAAGUAGCACUAUUCAAUUGUAAAUACAUUGAACACACAAUGUUUUGGUGAACAAAAACAAUUUUGACAGAAGAAUACAUUUUACAGCUUUUUGCCAUUCUGUAUGGUUUCUAAGUGACAUUUUUUCAAAUUCAUGUAUCUGAUGCUUUUCUCCAAAGUAACUUGCAG